AUGGGGCACAAGGUGCUGCUGUUGUUGCUGCUGCUGUUGGCGAUAGGUGUGGUUUGCGGCAACGUUCUGAAAGGCGAAGUUGUUCGUCUUCGUCGUCAGAGCCCAAGAUACUCCUUCCCUGUCCCCGCGGGAGGACAGCUAGCUCUUGGACCCGGUGGCGCGAGAAGUGACUUUGUUGAUUCUGAUGAAAGUGAUGAAUUCAGUGAUGGCAGAGCGGGACCUCCCUAUCCGCCUCUGAUGCCCUACAAGUUCGCCUUCGAGGUUAAGGAUGAUUCGACAACCAAUUACCAGAACCGCGUGGAGUUUGUGGAGGAUGGAGUCCUGCAGGGUAGUUACAGCCUCCUGUCUCCCGAUGGGAUAGUUCGCACUGCUGUCUAUUCUGAUGACGGGGUCUCCGGUUUCAAGGCGAUGAGUCACAAUAACGUGAGUAAAGUAUGUCUCCUGUCGCCCGAUGGGAUAGUUCGCACUGCUGUCUAUUCUGAUGACGGGGUCUCCGGUUUCAAGAGUGGAUUCCCUUGUAAUGUGUUUCGUGUGGGUAAAGGCUAUAUGAUGCUUUAA